CUCUACUAUCAGUUUAAUUUUAGUUGUUAGUUGACAAGACAAAAGACAACUUUUACUUGACAAGAGAUAAGGUUAGGGUCUAUCAAAUUCAAAAUUUGAUUAGAUGUCAAAUUAAUUUCGAAAAUAUUCUCAUGUAAAAUUCUAGUAAGAUUUACUAAAUUAUAGUGAAACAUUAAACACGUUAUGUCUGAUUUAAGAAGAAUAUUACUGGCUCACCAUGGCAAAAGACCUGGACGAGUUUUUGGUCUGGCAAAAGAUUUCACCCCUGUCAAAUGGUCAGAAUACUUUGACAAAGAGGAAAUUAUUCAGUUAGCAAAUGGUGAAUUUCAUGUUUACACCAAAGGCAGCGAAGGACCAAUUUUACUUUGUCUUCAUGGUGGUGGCUAUUCUGGUUUGAGUUGGGCAUUAUUUGCAGCAGAAGUAACGAAGUUGAUAAAUUGCCAAGUGGUAGCACUAGACUUACGAGGUCAUGGAAAUACUUCGACCAACGAUGAUUCUAACCUAUCAUUGGAAAUGUUAUCAAACGAUGUCAUGGAUAUGGCUGCAAAACUGACUGAAAAAAAUGCAUCUCCGAUAGUAUUGUUAGGUCAUAGCAUGGGAGGUGCUGUAGCUGUAGAGGCUGCGUAUCACAUUGAGGCUGUUGUAGGACUUUGUGUCAUUGAUGUGGUCGAAGGAACAGCUCUUGAUGCAUUGUCAUCUAUGCAAAGUAUUCUUAGAGGGAGACCAACACAAUUCAAAAGUCUUCAGCAUGCUAUCCAGUGGUGUUACAAAGGAGGCCAAACUCACAAUAUUGAGGCAGCUAGGGUCUCUAUGCCUGGACAAUUAGUUAGGGUAAAAACAGGAAAGUUAGCUUCAAAUGAUUGUGAUGCUGGAGAACCAGUAGAUAUGGCUUCUUCUGCCAAAGAAACUCCAUCCGCUUAUUCCGCCAUCGAAGACAUUAUCGAAGUUGAAGAAUCAGAAGAUGACGGUUGUAGUAACUGUGGAAGACCUCCACUUCCGAAAUCACAAAAAACUGAAACAUUCAAAACUCCAAUCUCCGGCAGGACAGAACCAGAUGGAGAACCAUACACAUGGCGUAUUGACCUCAGCAAAACCGAACAGUUUUGGACAGGCUGGUUCAAGGGACUCUCACAAAAGUUUUUAGAUCUUCGCAUUCCGAAGUUGCUUUUAUUGGCGAACAUACACGGACUGGAUACUACUUUAACAGUUGGUCAGAUGCAAGGUAAGUUUCAAUUUCAAGUACUGGCGAAGUCUGGGCAUGCUAUUCACGAGGACCAACCAUACCAAGUUGCUGAAAUAGUUAGCGGAUACUUGGUAAAGCAGAGGAUAGCCACGCCAAAAUCAAAUUUCGUUCAUACCAGUUUACCAGCAUGUUAAAUAUUUUUUCGGAGGAAUAGAAAAAUUGGUGUUAUGG